GAGAUCCUUAUUCGCCUGUCAGUCUCCCGUCGGCAUCGCGACGAUAACAGUGUUUCGAGUUUUGCGUAUGAAUUAGUGACCCGUACAUUUUUUUCUCUCAUUUUUUGUCCCUUUCGCGUACGUUAUAUCAAACGCGAGAUUGUUUCUUUCUCCUCUCGAGAGUGAGAGAAAGAGAGAGAGAGAGAGAAAGCAGUCAAGGACUUUCUGACUCACUGGUGUCAGCGAUAUCGGGUUGUUGGUUGGUUGGGCGAAUACGAACCCUCCCCUUCUCUCUCUCUUCUCUGCUUCUUCUCUCUCUCGAGCUCUCCUCUUCAUCGUCGUUAAGGGAGCGGCUGCUCGUCGUCGUCGUCGUCAUCGUCGUCGUCGUCGUCGUCGUCGUCGUCGUCGUCGUCGUCGUCGGUUAGGAAGUGGUGGGCGUCUUCUUCCUCUUCUUCUUCGUCUUCGAGGAUUAUACGUUAUGGCAACUUACGCGGCUUACAGACACGUCGAACUCGACAACGUCGGUUACGGAAAGAAGAGAGUUUUGAAGCCACCAGGCGGUGGGAGCAGCGACAUCUUCGGCUCGACUCAAGACGAGACCAGUCCACGCCGCGUGAAGAAUCACAAUCAGUCUCAGCUUGGUAGCGCGUUAUUCGGUGACGCACCCGAUUCCAGCAACAACAGCAACAACGCGACCGGCAAUAUGGAUAACAACGGCGGCGAGAUUACACCACGUUCCGGCAAGCCCGGUAAUGAUUCAUACAAUCGCCUGUUUGGCCCUCCCGAUGCCCCACCCACAACCCCAAACGCGAAAAAUUACAUGCGCAGCAAUAUACCCCUCAACGGGGAUGAUACAACGUCGCCCGCGAAAAGUACAUCAAGCAGCAACUCGAGCUCGAGUAUCGUCAACGGCUUUACCAAUAGCAACAACUCUAACGUCAACGAUAUCACAGCUUUUAGGAGAAUCAAACGAUUUCGAGGAGCGUCCUGCAUGCCGCGCAAUCCAGUCACCGGAGACGGAGUCGACGUGACGCCAUUGAGGCGCACACGAAGGUGUAGAGAUGGUAAUCCAGUAACCGGAACUGGCUAUACGUCUGAGACACAGAAUGGAGGUUCAGCGAUGCAGAAUGGAACAGGCAGCUCAAGUUCCAGCAUAGGUGAGAAAUCGAAUGGCUCGUCGCCAACAGGAAAGCCAGCAGGAACUCGUACUCGCGUCCCACCGGGUGGAUACUCAUCUGGUCUUUGGUAAAAAGGGUUGGUCCAUCUUUCUCAGCAGCAACAACAUCAAUAUCAGGAUCCCGUUUCCAUCUUAGAAUGUGGACUCAAAGAUAAAAUUUGGCGUGUCAACGGUUGAAGAAAGGACAAAAGAGAGGAAAAAAAUAAUGAUAAUAAUAAAAAGAAACACACACACAGGCUCUAUCAUCUUAUUCCGACUCUUGUCGUACGUUUUCUGUAGCGGGAAAAAAUGAAUGCAACAUGCAAUAACAACAAAAUUACAUACCAACAAAUGAGAAACAAAAGAAAAUACUAGCCAUCCAUCCAUAAUUAAUUAUUCGAUUUUGAGAACUUGCAUAACUUAGCUGAACGAGUCAAAGAAAAGAAAAAGAAAAAAGGAAAGAAAAAAAUUAAUAAUAAUAAUAAUAAUAAUAAUAAUAAUAAUAAUAAUAAUAAUAAACCGUUCAUCGAUCGUUGAUUUGGUACUCUCGGCUUAUAGUUUCGUACGUGGAGAUAAACUUAAUCGUAAAUUACUACUAUACAUAUAUACAUAUAUAGUACUUUGAUAAAUUCAUCGAACGAGAAAAAAAUCUUUUUGAUUGUGUUAUGACACGUACACUUACACAUAUACAAAUAUGCGCGCGCGCGCGCACACACACACACACAACUAUCUCUCAUUUUCUCUUUGUCUCUUUCUCUCUCUCUCUCUUUCUCUUCUGUUACUUUCUCUCGUUUUCCCAAUUCCGAUUUUCCAAACGAUGCAACCCCAAAUUGUCUACGUUAUCAUCUUCUUUAUUCUCGUCUAAUAAAUAUAUUUUGGCCGAAAAUUAAAACAGAUAAACGAAGAAACGAAAGGCCUGCCUAUCCUUCUCGUCGCGAUCAUUGCUUAGAAUUAAUACCGACUUAGUCGAGAACGCCAAGAAAAUAAUUUCUAGAUAGUGGAUUGAUCUUCUCGAUUGUAAUGAUCAAAAGUAAUAAUAAUUAAUUAGAUCGCAAUGAACGAGAAGGAGGCAUAAGAAUUAAACAACAACAACAAAAAUAUAUAAAAAUACACCAAA